AAGAGGGAACUCCGCAAAGGAACUAGGGGCUGUGACACUCCUACAAACACGGGGGGCUGUUGGAUCCCAUGUGAGUUUGUGGUGGGAUUGGGUGCUGUUAGAUGGAGCUAGGGAUCAGGUGUUCACAGUGUACGCAAGAUCUAGGUGUUUAAGGAGUGGGCUCUGGUUCAGGGCCCCAGGGAGGACUGGAGCCUGGUCAGUGAACAGGGAAUGGGGGCAGCGUUUGGUGGAGUCAGGGAGGCGUCUCCGAGAAGGGCCCAUUCAGAGCUCCGAAGUGAGGGGUCGGCCCCAUAACACCUAACCUUUGGCCUGUGUCUGGAAUCAACCAAGCGCGGAGGCAGGAAGGACUGGCACAAGGAUUGGUGGCGUCCUCUCUCCGGUGCAGACCCUGCCCCAGAGCCCAGAGCGCUCAUCACUAGCUCAGGAGGAUCAAGAGCUGUGACUAAAGCAAGAGCUUUCGGAAGAAGUGGGGCGUCUGUACCCUGGCCUUUCUCCUCAGCCCAUCCUGGCUUCUAGUGUCCCUUCCUCUCCCGGGAACAAAGGAAGAUGGAAAAGCCCAGGGGCAAAAAGAAGGCACAGACCCCAAAAGAAGAAGGAGAUUUGCUAAAGGACGCUCCCAAAGAAGAGAAAGCUUCUGGGGAGAAAAGGGUCAACCAGAGGUCGGCAUCGGCCAGGAAGGCCGGCCUGAGCCCUGGAGACGAGGAGCAGGUGUUCAGCGCCUUCGAUGCUUCGUUUCAAGACGACUUUGAGGGGGUUCCUGUGUUCGUGCCUUUUCAGAGAAAGCAGCCCUUCAAGUGUGGCGAGUGUGGCCGCGUCUUCAAGCACAAGACAGACCACCUUCGCCACCAGAGGGUUCACACGGGAGAAAAGCCCUUCAGGUGUGAGGAGUGUGGGAAGACGUUCCGGCACAGCUCCGACGUCCCCAAGCACCAGAGAAUCCACACCGGAGAAAAGCCCUUUAAAUGCGGCGACUGUGGGAAGGCCUUCAACUGCGGUUCCAACCUCCUAAAACAUCAGAAGACGCACACCGGAGAGAAGCCGUACGAGUGCAAGGAAUGUGGGAAAACCUUUGCCUACAGCUCGUGUCUCAUUCGCCAUCGGAAGCGUCACCCCCGGAAGAAGCACUGAGCGAGGGCCGCUGCGCCGUGUUGGUGCCGAUGGGAGCCGUUCCUCCCGCAGCACCUGCGCGAUGCCGCGGGCUCCGGGAGCACAGCACGCCUGUGCCUGGGCGUCCCCGUCGCCGUCUGGAAAAUCAAGCCAGUGGGGGAAGCAAGUGCUUGAGUGUGCUAAAGACCUGGACCGAUACACCACGACAACGUGGGAGGGGCUUGUGGCCCCAGAGACGCUGGGGACACGAGCAGCCGUCUGGGACUCUGGAGAUGGCUGCUUGCGAGUGGCCCAGCACCUUCCACGGCGGCCUCUGCCCAUGGCGUCCGCUGUGGCUUCAGCCCUCUCAGCUCCCUUGAAGACUUGAC